AGUCAGACCAAGGAAAAGUAUCUAUAUAUAUUGCAUAGUGGGUGGUUUAUUUUCUAUUUACGAGAUGGGUCAAAGUCAGUCCACUAGCUCGAACAAAGAUAAUAGCGGUCAAGAUACCGAACGUCGUGUUGACUACUACGAGCUUCUGGGAAUUGAACGAGAUGCGUCAGAAGACGACAUCAAGAAAGCCUACAGAAAAAAGGCCCUCGAACUACACCCAGACCGAAACUACGGCAAAGUGGAAGCAGCCACAAAACUCUUCGCCGAAGUACAAUGCGCCUACGAGGUCCUCUCCGACCCUCAAGAAAGAGCGUGGUAUGAUUCACAUCAACAUGCAGAACUGUCUGAUGAUGGGCAGGCAGCUGGCCAAGGUCAACAGCCUCCUUCGGGAGGGUUUAAGAUGACAGCUUCCAACAUCACGAGUCUAGUAAUGAAUUUCAACCCGCAUAUGGAGUUUUCGGAUUCUCCAAGUGGAUUUUUCGGUGGUCUACGGGAUAUAUUUGAUCAAAUAGCAACAGAUGAGGGGAUAGCGUGUCGAUGGGAGGGAUCGGAGCCCGUGGACUAUCCCAGUUUUGGCGGCAAACAUGACUCUUACGACGUCGUUGUGCGUCCGUUUUAUGCAGUGUGGACGAGCUUCUCAACCAAGAAAUCAUUUGCAUGGAAAGACAAAUACAAAUAUGGUGAAGCCCCGGAUCGACGAGUACGACGGUUAAUGGAAAAGGAAAACAAGAAGAUGAGAGAAGACGGUAUAAGGGAAUACAACGACGCCGUUCGGGCCCUAGUCGCCUUCGUCAAGAAACGUGAUCCACGAUACAAAAUUAACAUUCAAACUGAAGCAGAAAGACAGCGCAUGCUUCGCGAAUCAGCAGCUGCUCAAGCAGCGCGUUCCCGUGCAGCCAACCAGGCCAAGAUGCAGGAUCAUGUGGUCCCCGAGUGGGCGCGAACUCACGAACAAGCCGGCGAGGAUGUAGAGCAUGAAGGCCAGUUUUACAGUAGCUCUGAAUCCGAGGUUGAGCAUUUCGAGUGCGUUGUUUGUAAUAAGAUAUUCAAGAGCCAGAAACAAUUCGAGGCGCAUGAAAGGAGUAAGAAGCAUAUCAAGGCUGUUAAGCAGUUGCGAAGGGAGAUGUUGCUUGAGGACGAGGAAUUGAAUCUUGAAGGUGAUGAGGAGCCAGAGGUCGUGAAGGAGGAGGAAUUCGAGGGAGAGGCUAUCCCGGCGAAUGGUGUACCUGAUGAUGAAGGUGAUAUUGCAGAAGCACAAACAAAAGACAAAAUCAAAGAUACAACCAUGGAACCACUUACAUCGCGAAGUCCAUCCCCUUCUUCCUCCGAGGACGAAGAUCAGGACUAUGUCGAUCUGGGCGACAUGAAGCCAGAGAAAACUUCUCUAUCUUCUGACGACAGCGACGACGACGACCUUAAAUCUAAACCCACCACAGCAAAGCUAGGCAAAGCCAAGCAAAAAAGAGCUAAGAAGCUGGCAGCCCAACAAGCCUCUUCUACAGAUACUCAAAGCAAAUGCGCAAAUUGUCAAGCUACGUUUCCAUCACGGACACAACUCUUCUCGCACUUACGGGAAACAGGCCAUGCUCAGCCCGUGGCAACAGCGCAGUCUAAACAGAAGAAAGGAAAAAAGUCUAGAAAAUAA